GAAGUAGCCGUUGAGCUUGGGGCGACCGUUAGGCUCAGGCGUAGUACCAGCCGCCCGCCUCUUCAAACCCGCACCUGCUCUGCUCCGCUCCGCUCUGCUCAUCAUCAUCGUCAGGCUCGCCCACCGCCCCGGUGCACGACGACCAUGGUCGCCAGGAGCCCCAACGCCAAGGCCGACAGGCAGACGGCGGCCGCCAUCGCCGCUGCUGCCGCGCUCAACCCCGCCCUCGUCAGGGAGACCCUCAAGAAGAUGGACCGAUGCAUGGCUCGGCUCCAGGAGCUGCAGUACACGGUGGCCGGCGGCGCCAAGGUCGUCUCCGGCGUCAGCCUCAGCCCGCGCAGCACCCGCGGCUACCUCCGCACCAGCAUCCGCUGCAAGCAGGAGACCGUCAGGAUGAGGGCAACGCCCGCGAAGAGCAGAUCCCCCAAAGGCAAGUUCGGCGGCGCCGACGGCGCGGCGGCCCCGUGGCGGCGGAUGUCGUUGCCGGCGAUGCUCCUGGGCGAGACGGUGCUGGAGAUCGUCCAGGCCAGCCAGUUCGCGCGGGACAUCGUGGCGGUCGCCGACCCCCCCAAGACCCCGAACCCCGUCGCGAGGACCAAAAAGGCGACCGCGGAGCAGACGCCGCUCCGAGCGCGCCGCGCCAAGGAGAAGCAGAGCCAGCGUGGCGGCGGCGCCGCGCGAGCCGAGGCCGGCACGCCGCCGUCGCGCGGGCGCGUCCGGUCCCGGAUUCAGUUCAAGCCCGCCUCGCCUCUCGGCCGGCCGUCGUCGGUGGCGGCGAACAGGGUGUCCCCCAAGAACCGGCCCUGGGCCAAGAAGACGGUGAUGUUCCCCAAUCCCGCGUUCUGCGCCCCCACCUCCUCCUCCACCGCGUACGCCUCGCCGUCGUCGGCGAAGAAACAGAAGCGGUUCUCCAGCAGCCGGUCCCCUGUCCUGGCCCGGCAGACGCCGCACAAGUUCCUGGUCAAGUCGCCGCCCAGCGCUCUGGGGUCCAAGCUCAAAAGCCAGAGCAAAUUGCUGCCCAAUCCAAGGCCCGUCGUCGAUGUGUCGCCGCCAGGGAAAAGCCGGCGAUGCUCGUUCUCGCCGUCCAGGCUGGCCACAAGGCUCGUUUCACCAAUAAAGGCCAGGUUAUCCUUCGUGUCUCCGAUGAAAGCGAGGAGGACAUCGUCGCAUGGUGGCGUCGGCGGCGGCAGCAGCAGCAGCAUGAUGAGCGGGCUCAAGCAGCGACCCGUCGUCAGCUUGACGGCGCGCACCGUCUCGAGCAGGAUAUCAUCUUGAUGCGACGGCGCCGACUGUCUCCAGCAGGACAUCAGCUUGAUGUGAGGUGAUCACUCGUGGUGAUCUUCAGCGUCUUGCCAAGAAGACGAGCCUUACCAUACCCAAAACGGUGUGAGAUACUGUACAUGGCUUAGUGAUCUAUGGGUCACUCUGUUACAUUCUGCCUUUGGACUUUGGAGCAAAACUGAAUCUCGUUGUUUUCAUCAACCCAACAAUAUCUGUAAUUUCCUGGAUAAACAAGCACAUUUUUUCUACAGAA